CCGGAUAGAUCCAUUGGUGACACAUUAGAAGCCAAUCAUUUGUCUGCUGUUCUCGUUGCUGCAGAUAUGGAAUGAUGCCUUCGUGGCACACUUGUUGUCUGUCUGAGGCACGCGAUAAUGUUUACAAGGGUGGCUCUGAGCUUGAAAACGUUGUUUGGAUGCUGUUUUACCCGCAGAAACUCAGUUAUAAUUUCAUCGACUGUUGCUUUUGCACAUCAUUUAAUAAUCAUUCUAUGUGGUCAUGGUCCAACAUUGUGGCUAAUUCCUGUUUCUUAGAACAACGCACAGACAGAAGAGAUUAAUCAGCCAAACUGCCUCUACUCUGCUUCUCCUCUUUGAUUUCCUCCUAAAUCAGAAGUCAGUUUAGUACUGUAUCAGCUGAACAACAUCUAUGGAAUCCUGCCUUCCAAUUCUUCUACAUAGCUUGUGCUUCAUGUCCCUUGUGUUGCAGAUGAGCUAUGCGCUGGACUCCAUUUCAGCUGGCGAGAACAUCACAGAUGGCCAAACGAUAGUCUCUGCCGGCAGGAACUUUGAGCUAGGAUUCUUCAGCCCUGGCAGCUCCAAGAACCGGUAUGUGGGCAUAUGGUACAAGAAGCUAUCGGCCGGGAGGGUGGUUUGGGUCGCAAACCGAGAAAAUCCCCUGAAUGACUCUUCAGGAGUCCUAAAGCUCACUCCUCAGGGUGUACUGACUCUCCUGAACCGUACCGAUGGGGUUGUUUGGUCCUCCAAUGUGUCGAGAUCAGGCCAGGAUCCAAUUGCGCAGCUUUUGGAUUCCGCCAAUUUCGUUGUAAAAGAAGGAAAUGGCAAUGACUUGGGUGAUGCAAUCUGGCAGAGUUUUGAUCACCCUUGUAAUUCGUUUUUGGCUGGCAUGAAGCUUGGUAUAGACCGAGCAAAAGGCCUGGACCGGUACUUGACCUCAUGGAAAAGCAGGGAUGACCCUUCACCGGGUGAUUUCACAUAUAGGCUCAAUUCUUCAGGAUAUCCGCAGCUGAUCCUGAUGAACAAAUCAGUAGUGCUGUCCAGUUCGGGACCUUGGAACGGCAUUCGGUUUAGCGGGAUCCCUCAGUUGAGGACAAAUCCAGUCUUUAGGUUUGGCUUCGUCUUCAACCAAAAUGAAAUUUACUAUUACUUCAAUCUUCUGAAAAGUUCCGUCCCGUCGAUGGUGGUUUUAAAUGAGAAUGGUAUCGUUCAGCGCUUCACUUGGGUAGACCGGACAAAGAGUUGGUUUCUGUAUUCGUCUCCUCAAACAGAUGACUGUGACACUUAUGCAUCAUGUGGAGGGAAUGGGAAUUGCAACAUUGCUAGCUCUCCAAAAUGCAUGUGCUUGACAGGGUUCGUGCCCAAAGACCCUAGCGAUUGGGAAUUUGGGGAUUGGUCAAACGGGUGUGUCCGGAGGACCGAACUGGAUUGUAUGGGAGGAGAUAAAUUUCUGAAGUACACCCAAGUGAAGUUGCCCGACGCGAGGCAAUCGUGGUUCAACGAGAGCAUGAACCUUCAAGAAUGCGAGCAAACAUGCUUGAGGAACUGCUCGUGCACGGCUUAUUCAAACCUGGAUAUCAGAGGGCAAGGAAGUGGAUGUUUACUUUGGUUCGGUGAUCUGAUGGAUAUCAGACAGGUGAACGAGAACAUCCAGGGUAUUUACGUAAGGAUGGCUGCAUCAGAAGUUGGCAGCAAUUUCAGUGGAAAUCCUGGCGCAAGGAAAAGCACGGGCAUCAUUGUCGGCGCCGUGCUGUCUGCGGUGCUUCUUCUUGGCAUCGCGGCUGUUUUCACAAAGUAUAGGAGAGAUGGACAAAUCUUUGGAUUCUCCCAUCAAAGCCGUAGUGAAGAUCUAGACUUACCUAUGUUCGACCUCACAACCCUAGUGAACGCGACAGGUAACUUCUCUGAAGACAACAAACUCGGAGAGGGAGGCUUUGGAGCUGUCUAUAAGGGUGUUCUGAAGAAUGGCCAAGAAAUUGCCGUGAAAAGGCUGUCGGAAAACUCUAGGCAGGGACAGGUCGAGUUCAAGAACGAAGUCGCUUACGUCGCAAAACUUCAACACCGAAACCUCAUCAAGAUUCUGGGAUGCUGCAUUCAAGUAGAUGAAAUGAUGUUGAUUUACGAGUUCUUGCCCAACCGAAGCUUGGAUUGUUUCAUUUUCGACCAAGAGAAGGGUGUUUCCCUGGAUUGGCCUAGGCGCUUCACUAUCAUCAAUGGCGUAGCUUUGGGGCUCCUAUAUCUUCACCGAGACUCAAGAUUAAGGAUUAUUCAUAGAGAUGUGAAAGCUGAAAACAUCCUGCUCGACAAUGAAAUGAAUCCAAAGAUAUCAGACUUUGGUUUGGCGAGGAGUUUCGGAGGUAAUGAGAGCGAAGCAAAUACAAAGAGAGUGGUGGGAACAUUUGGUUACAUGUCCCCAGAGUAUGCCAUCAACGGCUUUUAUUCGGUAAAAUCAGAUGUCUUCAGUUUUGGCGUUUUAGUACUGGAAAUCGUGAGUGGGAAAAGAAAUCGAGGUUUCAAUCAUCCUGACAAGCAUUUAAGCCUUCUCGGAUAUGCCUGGACACUGUCAAGAGAUCAAAAGUUCAUGGAGCUUGUCGAUCCAUUGAUUGUAUCCACAUUUAACCCUGUGGAAGUUUUACGAUCCAUCCGUGUGGCUUUGUUGUGUGUUCAAAAUAACCCGCACGAUAGACCGGAGAUGUCAUCUGUGGUUAUGAUGUUGAGCAGUGAGAGCACAUUGCCUCAGCCUAAAAGGCCUGGUUUUUUUGACGAGACAUCUGCAUCCGAAGCAAGUUCUUCAAGCGACAGCAGGCAUAAGAAAUAUUCGGCCAACGAAAUAACUAUUUCACAUUUACUGCCUAGAUGAUAUUUCUGAAAUUUCAAUUAUGUUUAUAUUGAUCCCAUAUGAAUACGAGAGGAUCAUGGCAUUUGUAUGAGAGUCAUCUCUUAAUCUGGAAUUGAAAGACCUUACGGGGACAUGUGAAAGAUUGUGCCUUUUGUUCUUCCAAAA